AUGACAUUGCUGUUGCACCUUUACAACAUCGAUGCAUGUUUCAUGGAAUAUCACCGUUUCCUCCUGGUCGUCUGUGCUCUCUGUUGCGCUUACAGUCAGGUACAAGCGUACAGCAACAGCACGCUAGGAUUCCGUGGUCCGCUUGAUGCACAGAGGAGACAAGCACUCGUUAGCGCGCUUCCUGCAGCGACUGCAGGUUUGGGUGGUCUUCUAGUAGGCGGCGUCCUCUACGGUCUGUCAGUAAUUCCUGCCGUCAUUGCCCUGCUGGGAACUGGAGGUGGCCUUCCUCUAGCUGGCCUCUUCAGCAGCCUAUUCCGGCGAAAAAGCAUGCGCACAUCUAGUGACAGCGGUCUGGGUAGCUUCCUGGGUUCGGAGGACACCCAGCAACUCUUGGAGCUUCUUCGCAACGCACUCACAAGGUGGGACAAGGCGUCCGAGUCUUGCCGCAAGAUGUAUGUAUGCCAACUGACCGCUCAAGCCUCUCAGAGUGGACUACUCCCCGACAUGAGGGCCCUGGAUGACGCCGUCUCACUUCUCUUUGUGGGUGUAUCAAGCGCCAUGGGCAGCGGACCUACCACGGACUUUCUCAGAGCAGCCAGAGACGGACUCCAAAAGCAACGUGGAUGUCAUACAAAUUACUCCUGCGACACUCCUCUUACCGCCCCAAGAGAUCCACGCAAGAAACCACAGUAG